AUGGUGCUUUCAGCAAGAGACUCUUUGCAGCUCAGAGAUGCCCUGCAGGUAGCAGUGGUGAAAUGCUCCGAGAGAUGUCUUUAUCAAUCGGCGAAAUGGGCCGCUGAGUUGCUCGACGCCCUCCCAGAGCCAGAAUCCGACGAUUCAAAACAGCCAGCGUCGGCCUCUUUGGGAGAUAGUGUGCAUCCAGCCUUCGCCCCGAACCCCGAUCCCGUUGAAGCCGCCCUGGAGGCGCAAGAACUCGGCCGGUACCUACUCGCAAAGUCGUAUUUCGACUGCAAGGAGUUUGAUAGAUGCGCUGCUGUGUUUCUCCCCGAAUCUGUCUUGGCUGGACUCCUGUCAACCAAGCCGACCGAUGGCGCUUCACCCGACGGCAAAGGAAAGGGCAAGGCGAGUGCUGCGCGGGCGUCCGAACCGCCCCUGCCCCAGGUCAGCCAGAAGAGUUUGUUUCUGGCCCUAUACGCAAAAGUCAUAUCGGGAGAGAAGCGCAAGGACGAGGACUGCGAGAUGAUUAUGGGGCCACAGGAUUUGGGAUCCGUCACAAACAAGCAGCUGCUGCUCGUCAACCGCUUUCUCGCCAGAUGGUUUGCCGAACGACAGGCUGAUGACGGCACUUUGCCUCCCAGCCAAGGCUUUCUCGAGUAUCUAUACGGCAUGGUUUUGGUGAAAGAGAAGAAUGACAGCCUGGGGUUGGAAUAUCUAAUGCAGAGCGUCCAUUUAUUCCCAUGGAACUGGGGCGCUUGGCUUGAGAUUACCAAUCUGGUUGCUAGAGUCGAGCAGCUCAACAAAAUCGCGCCUCACCUUCCGCAAAACAUCAUGUCCUUUAUCUUCCACGCCAAUACCGCAGUUAGCCUCUACCAGCAGGGUCAAGACCUUGCCGCGUCCAUAAAUGACCUCCUUGGCAUCUUCCCCACCUCCUCUUUCCUCCUAACCUGCAAAGCACUGCUAUGCUACCACUCAAAAGAUUUACUUUCGGCCGAGCAAGAGUUUAGCAAUUUGUUGGCCCUCCACCCGCAUCGACUUGAUGCUCUCGAUCACUACUCGAACAUUCUAUACGUGCUAAAUAUGAGACCAAAACUGGCUUUCCUUGCUCACCUUUGUGCCAGCAUCGACAAGUUCCGGCCGGAAUCCUGCGUGGUGAUUGGGAACUAUUACUCACUGCUCUCACUCCACGAGAAGGCUGUCCAGUACUUCCGUCGGGCGCUCACCUUGGACCGUUCAUGUUUGUCGGCCUGGACGCUCAUGGGUCACGAAUAUGUCGAGCUCAAGAACACGCACGCGGCUAUCGAGUCGUAUCGCCGAGCCGUCGACGUUAACCGAAAAGACUACCGUGCUUGGUACGGCCUCGGCCAGACGUAUGAGGUAUUGGAAAUGCACGCAUAUGCGCUGUGGUACUACAAGAAAGCCGCCGGUCUGAGACCCUGGGACGGGAAAAUGUGGCAGGCUGUCGGUUCGUGUCUGCAGAAGAUGGGCCGCGAUCGAGACGGUAUCAAGGCGCUUAAACGAGCCCUGCUAGCCGACAGCUACUACGACUCGACAGCGAGCAGUUUUGGCAGCGCCGGCACGGUCGACCGGAUGGCCCAGAUGGACCCGGACGUAUUGCUGCAAAUCGCCACCAUGUACGACCGCCUCGACGAGGAGGAAGAAGCCAAGGCAUAUAUGGAGCUCUGCUUGGCGCAGGAAGACGGAGGGGCGGACGCCGACGAGGGUGGUGGCCUGGGAGAUUCUGUCGUUAUCCACCACGAUUCUCCCGGCGGCGCGGGCUCGGAUGGGGAAGGUGAAGGGGCCGAAAAAGCCGGCGGCCACGAAGGGACCGGAGUAACGUUUGCCACGAGCAAAGCACGCAUGUGGCUUGCCAGGUAUGCCAUGCGAAACGAGGACUACGAAACGGCCAACCGUCUUGCGAUGGAGCUUUGCCAGGACGGCGUCGAGGUUGAGGAGGCCAAGGCACUCAUGCGCGAAGCCCGUUCGAGGAUGGAGAUGUCAGACGUUAUGGGGCGCUAG